AAAUAUUUGUCUGUUCAGGUAGCAGAUCUGAGAGAGUUUGAGGAGUUUGCAGACCUUUGGACAGACACAGAGAAGCUACCCUUGUACCAGUCUGCUCUCAGGCAAUUUGAGGAUGUGGGCAUUCCGUACAGGACACUGAGGACAGAGAUGGUUCACUGCAGCUCAGAUGUGGAGUACCUCUGCAAGUUGCACUGUAUCAGGCUGGCCUUCCAGUGGCUCUUCCAAGACACUGCAAACUGGACCUGGUUUGCCAACAAUGGACGCCAAGUUCUCUAUGACUUGUUGCUGUUUGCAGAGAAGGAUACCAAGGACUUCAUGGUGGCCUAUGAGGAGAUGCUGCUGUUCCUACAGGAGAAGAGCUGUUGGACCGAUGUAGAGACGGAGCUGAGUGUGAAGGGAGUUAAAGCAAUGACGUUCUACGAUGUUGUCAUGGACUACAUCCUGAUGGAUGCCUUCGAGGACCUGGACACUCCUCCGUCCUCUGUCACCGCUGUCGUCCAGAACCGAUGGCUGUCUAAUGGCUUCAAAGAGUCGGCUUUAACAACGGCGGUUUGGUCUGUUCUGAAGGCAAAGAGAAGGAUGUUAAAGUUCCCAGAUGGAUUUAUGGCACAUUUCUAUGCUAUCUCAGAACAGAUGUCCCCAUUGAUGGCAUGGGGAUUUCUGGGACCAGACGAAAACCUCAAAUCUAUCUGUUUGUACUUCAGGGAGCAAGUCAUGGGUUUUCUAACAGAUGCCUUCAGUUUCCAAAAGACGAGAUACACCACCGUUGAAGAGUUGGCCGAGGACGUGUUCAGUCACAUCAAGUUGCGGGUGAACAACAUAAGCCGCCGCUUGUCGUCAAGAGACUUGCAGAACACAGUUUAGUCAGACCUCGUAGAUGUGUUCUCGUCACUCCACUUGGCCUUCUUCAACCUCGUUAGUUGUUCCUGUCUCACGUAGCUUUAAGUGCGUACUGUAUUUAGUUCUGAUUGGAUAACCUGAUUUAGUUUGUACUAAACUGUAAGUAUUGUAAAUUUUGUCUGUGUAAAAUGUCUUCUGUCGUGUAAUUUCUCUGUAACAAUAAAUUAUAUUUGUUUUAAAUUAUUUAUAUAGUUUAUAAUGUGCAGUAUUCUGUCAUUUGAGCUAAACUCUUCAUGUUGUUUGUGAUCCGUAUCAACACUAGUUAUAAAGAGAUAAAAGUAGGCUAAAAUUCUUAGUAUAUUGUGAUUGUUUCAUUUUUUAGGAUUAUUGUAUUCCAAUUAAAUAAAUUUAAUUUUUGUCUGAUUAA